GGUGCAGCGGGGGCCGGGAUGUCGAAGACGCUGAAGAAGAAGAAGCACUGGCUCAGCAAGGUGCAGGAGUGCGCCGUGUCCUGGCCCGGGCCCCCCGGCGACCUGGGCGCCGAGAUCCGGGGCGGCGCGGAGCGCGGCGAGUUCCCCUACCUGGGGCGGCUCCGCGAGGAGCCCGGCGGGGGCACCUGCUGCGUCGUCUCGGGCCGGGCGCCCGGCCCCGGGGACGUGCUGCUGGAGGUGAACGGGACGCCCGUCAGCGGGCUCACCCACCGGGACACGCUGGCCGUCCUCCGCCACUUCCGCGAGCCCCUGCGCCUCAAGACGGUCAAGCCAGGCAAAGUCAUCAAUAAAGAUUUACGACAUUACCUGAGUCUUCAGUUUCAGAAAGGAUCCAUUGAUCACAAAUUGCAGCAAGUGAUCAGAGAUAAUCUCUACUUGAGGACCAUUCCAUGCACUACAAGGGCCCCCAGGGAUGGGGAAGUACCAGGGGUGGACUAUAAUUUCAUUUCUGUUGAACAAUUCAAAGCACUGGAAGAGAGUGGAGCGUUAUUAGAAAGUGGAACGUAUGAUGGAAACUUCUAUGGAACUCCCAAGCCUCCAGCAGAACCCAGUCUCCAGCCAGAUCCGGUUGAUCAGGUCCUCUUUGAUAAUGAGUUUGACACAGAAUCCCAAAGAAAGCGAACCACAUCUGUCAGCAAGAUGGAAAGAAUGGACAGCUCUCUUCCUGAAGAGGAAGAAGAUGAGGACAAGGAGGCUAUUAAUGGCAGUGGUAAUGCAGAAAGCAGGGAAAGGCAUUCUGAGUCAUCCGACUGGAUGAAGACUGUCCCGAGCUACAACCAAACAAACAGCGCCAUGGACUUUAGAAAUUACAUGAUGAGAGACGAGAAUCUGGAGCCACUGCCCCAGAACUGGGAGAUGGCCUACACGGACACGGGCAUGGUCUACUUCAUUGACCACAAUACCAAGACCACCACCUGGUUGGAUCCUCGUCUUUGUAAGAAAGCCAAAGCCCCAGAAGACUGUGAAGAUGGAGAACUUCCUUAUGGCUGGGAGAAAAUAGAGGACCCUCAGUAUGGAACCUACUAUGUUGACCACCUUAACCAGAAAACCCAGUUUGAAAACCCAGUGGAGGAAGCCAAGAGGAAAAAGCAGCUAGGACAGGCGGAUAUUGGGUCUCCAAAACCAGAUACAGAAAAAUCACACUUUACUCGGGAUCCAUCCCAGCUUAAAGGCGUCCUUGUCCGAGCAUCAUUGAAAAAAAGCACAAUGGGGUUUGGUUUCACCAUUAUUGGUGGAGACAGGCCUGAUGAGUUCCUGCAAGUGAAAAAUGUGCUGAAAGACGGCCCCGCUGCUCAGGAUGGGAAGAUUGCACCAGGUGAUGUUAUUGUAGACAUCAAUGGCAGCUGUGUCCUUGGUCACACCCAUGCAGAUGUUGUCCAGAUGUUCCAGCUGGUGCCUGUCAGCCAGUAUGUGAACCUCACUUUAUGUCGAGGUUACCCGCUUCCUGAUGACAAUGAGGACCCCGUUGUGGACAUUGUUGCUGCUGCCCCCGUCAUCAAUGGACAGUCAUUACCCAAGGGAGAGACUUGCAUGAAUACUCAGGAUUUUAAGUCAGGAGCAAUGGCUCUAGACCAGAAUGGAAAAUCUGGGCACACCUUGGUCAGUGAUCGUCUCAAUGGACCAGCAGAGCCGAGCGAGCAGAGAGCGUCCAUGGCCUCGUCAGGCAGCUCCCAGCCCGAGCUCGUGACCAUCCCUCUGAUUAAGGGCCCUAAGGGCUUCGGCUUUGCGAUUGCCGACAGCCCGACUGGACAGAAGGUGAAGAUGAUCUUGGACAGUCAGUGGUGUCAAGGCCUACAGAAAGGGGAUAUAAUUAAGGAAAUUUAUCAUCAAAAUGUGCAGAAUUUAACACAUCUCCAAGUGGUCGAGGUGCUAAAGCAGUUUCCAGUAGGUGCAGAUGUACCAUUACUUAUCUUAAGAGGAGGUCCUCCGUCACCGACUAAAACUGCCAAGAUGAAAACAGAUAAAAAGGAAAAUUCAGGAAGCUUGGAGGCCAUCAAUGAGCCCAUUCCCCAGCCUAUGCCUUUUCCACCCAGCAUUAUUAGGUCAGGAUCCCCGAAACUGGAUCCUUCUGAGGUCUACCUGAAAUCUAAGACUUUGUAUGAAGAUAAACCACCAAACACCAAAGAUUUGGAUGUUUUUCUUCGGAAGCAAGAAUCUGGGUUUGGCUUCAGGGUACUAGGAGGAGAUGGACCCGACCAGUCUAUCUACAUCGGGGCCAUCAUCCCCCUGGGCGCGGCAGAGAAGGACGGUCGGCUCCGUGCAGCCGAUGAGCUGAUGUGCAUCGAUGGGAUCCCUGUGAAAGGGAAGUCACACAAGCAGGUCUUGGACCUGAUGACAACAGCUGCUCGAAACGGCCACGUGCUACUGACCGUCAGAAGAAAGAUCUUUUAUGGGGAGAAACAACCUGAGGAUGACAGUGCUCCAGCCUUCAUGUCCACGCAGAAUGGGUCUCCCCGUCUGAGCCGCGCGGAGGGCCUCGCCAGGCCUGCACCCCAGGAGCCAUAUGAUGUUGUCUUGCAACGAAAAGAAAAUGAGGGGUUUGGCUUUGUCAUCCUCACCUCCAAAAGCAAGCCACCUCCAGGAGUUAUUCCUCAUAAAAUCGGCCGCGUCAUAGAAGGAAGUCCAGCCGAUCGCUGUGGGAAACUGAAAGUUGGUGAUCACAUCUCCGCAGUGAAUGGGCAGUCCAUCGUCGAACUGUCGCACGACAGCAUUGUUCAGCUGAUCAAGGAUGCUGGGGUCACCGUCACGCUCACGGUCGUGGCUGAAGAAGAACACCAUGGACCACCAUCAGGAACAAAUUCAGCCCGGCAAAGCCCUGCCCUGCAGCACCGGCCCCUGGGGCAGUCACAGGCCAACCACGUGUCUGGGGACAGAAGUGCCCUGGAAGGUGAGGUGGGAAAAGACACCACCUACCGACACUCGUGGUCCGACCACCGGCACCUGGCCCAGCCCGACACCGCGGUCAUCUCCGUCGUGGGCGCCCGGCACAGCCAGAGCCUUGGCUGUUACCCGGUGGAGCUGGAGCGAGGCCCCCGCGGCUUCGGCUUCAGCCUGCGAGGGGGCAAGGAGUACAACAUGGGGCUCUUCAUCCUGCGGCUGGCGGAGGAGGGGCCCGCCAUCAAGGACGGCCGCAUCCACGUCGGUGACCAGAUUGUGGAAAUCAACGGGGAACCUACCCAAGGCAUCACGCACACCCGGGCCAUCGAGCUCAUUCAGGCUGGCGGAAAUAAAGUUCUUCUUCUUCUAAGGCCAGGAACUGGCUUGAUCCCUGACCAUGGUGAUUGGGAUUACAAUCCUUCAUCUCCAAAUGUGAUUUAUGAUGAGCAGCCACCACUCCCCCCAUCGCCACAUUCUGCUUCCAUAUUUGAAGAGUCUCAUGUGCCGGGAACUGAAGACUCUGUGAUGAGAGUUCAGAUAUGUGAAAAGGCAGAAGUAAAGGACAUUGUGCCUGGAAAGAAAAGCACUUUAAAUGAAAACCCGUCUGAUAUAAAGCAUCAGUCUCUUUCCCAGAAAAAUGUGAAUAAAAAAGAGCCUCCCAGUAGCCAUGGGCAGAGUAACAGGAAAAAUCCCUUUAAAGCAGAGAACAGCGUUGUACCAAGAGACGGUUCUGCCGGUGCCCACAAGCCGGCUGGUCAAUAUUCAGAAGAACAUUCAGAAAAGACUCUAAAAACUGACCCGAAAAGAAGACCCAGAGAUCGAUCUCUCAGUCCCAGGAAAGGGGAGAAUAAAAAUGGUGGCACCGGCCCCAAGCCGGCUGCUGGGCAAGAUCCUUACAGAAAAGGCCCAGGACGGUCUUCGAGCCCGAAGAAGCAGCAGAAAACUGAAGGAAGCAAAGACCAAGCAAAGGCCGAAGCCAAAUCCUUAGAGCCUGAGAGGGGCAGGCCAGGGGCCCGCGCGGGGGACGAUGCUGAGCAGAUCUCAGAGGGGAAAGAGGACGCCGGUGUCCCCAGGAAAGAGGCGAAGCAGAGUCAGCCUGGAAAGAACAGAACACGGUCUCCAGAGAAGAAAAGCAGAAGAGCCGAGGAGCAGUGGCUUCCAGGCCAGAGCGCCCCCGGCGCUGGGAGUAGAGGAGCCGCUGGGAACGCGAGAGGCAAGAAAGCAAACUCAGGAGAAGCAGCUGCUAGUAAGGCUCAAGCAGGAGAGCACGUCAGAAUACCUGAGAGGAAGCUGAAGCAGGAACCUGCAGAGAGGAUGGUUGUCAGCAAAGUAGACGAUCCCGAGGGGAAGGAAGCAGGGGGGGCCCACAGACCCAAGGAGGGUGGCGGCGGGAGCGCGGACGGCGGCCCCCCGGUGAAGAAAGCGCCCAUCACUCCGGGGCCCUGGAAGGUGCCGAGUGCAAAUAAAGCUGCGGGCGCUGCUGGUGCGGCCGGCAAACGGCAGUGACCGUGAGCGGAAAAGCCAGUUGAAAUCAUUUCGUAGUAAAAAGCAGCGUUUUUCAAUGAAAUCAUUUUUUUUUUCCCCCCAGAAAUUCUAAAACACACAUGUGUACAUUGUACUCCGAGCAUCAAGUUGCCGAGGCUGCAUGAAGGACCUUCAAGAGUACCAGGAGGCCGCCCCCCUCCCUCAGGCCCAGGAAGACGCAGGGGCCUGCUCAGGCUGCCCGGCGUCUCCGGGCGUUGGGACAAACGACACCCGUUGAUCAGUAGCAAUGUGGUCCCACCUCACUUUGUAUUCGUGCCAAGUUAUCUCCUGUAUCAUGUCUAUCUUUGUCACUCAGAUAUUUUCACAGUAAUGAAAAAAUUAGGUUUGGCUUGGAAGCUGAUAUUCUCAAUAGCAUGUUGCAUGUUCACAGAAAGAGAUAUUCGAGUCCUUGCAGAAGAGAUUGUUCACUCAUCACGAAAGACGGCGGUUGCCUCUUCUAACAGCUACUGAGGAUGUCCCGUUGAAAACGCAAACUCCAAAACAUCACUAUAAAAAAUGCAGUCAGAUAGUGACACUCUAUGGUUUUGUAUUCUAAUUUGGCCGGAUGAGGCGUUUCAAAUAACUGUUGGAGGUCUCACUUAGUUAAAUGUCCAAAAUGAGCAAAUACUUUAAAUAAUUAAGAGUUCACUUCCUACUGUGUUAUCCAACCCGGAUGUAGCUUUAGCAUCUCAGAUCACCCUCUUAUUUUAGUUAUUUCAUUAUGAAACCACAAAGAAGCAUGUGGAAAUACUGCUUAUUGCUGUUUGAAGAAAAACUACUAAAAUUCUAUAUCUGGAUAGCUUAAUCGUACCUACUAAGUCAUUAGUUGUUGAUAUAAUACAUAUUUGAAGAGUCAAGCUGUUAUAUAGAUUUGCAAGGGACUUAAUCAUGAAACCAGUUUCACAGUCCAUUGCCAGAAAAAGCCCCCGCUUGUCCGGUAGCAGCUGCACAACAAGAGUGGGGUGUAGAAGCAGAGCCUGGGUAAGACCAGCUCCCCGGGGGACACAGGAAGGACAAACGUGGUGGUGGACAGUACUCGCUAGAAUCUUAUUUUAAUUUCUAGCCACAUUAACUUGUUUGGAAUUAAGAAAGCAAAGCUAAACAUCUGCUUAGCUUGUACAAAUUUCCAGAGUUCUCUUUUAAAGUCUAAUUAAAGGCUUUUGUAGGAAGGUGCAGACAGUUCUAAGGAGUUUAAACUCCACAGGUUCAGGUUUGUCAGUCCCCUGAAACAGUAUUCAGUGGCAUCUAUUAAAAACAAACAAACAAAAAAAAGGGACAUUCUCAGAAUAAAACCAUUUGAUGGAGUGUUUGAAAACACCUGUUCUGUCACCCUGGAUUCAUCUCGUUAUUGUGAAACACAUUGUGUCCAGGUCCUUCCCUCUCAGAGUUGACUGUGAAACUCUCUAAUGUAACAACUGAAUCAGCCCCUGUAGAUAAGACAUGCUUCCCAGAGUGAGAGUUUUGAAACCCCCUUUUCAUUCAGAACUAUAUAUACACCCACCUAUUGUAACCACUUGAAUAGAGCAAAACUAGGAGGCUUGAUAAACACUAAGAAUUUAGUACCACAGAAAUGAUUUAUUUUCCCUAUAGUCCACAAUUAGUGAUAAAAAUCCUAUUUUGUUAACUGUGACAUAACUUGGAUGUCAUAUGUUGUCAGUCUGAUGUGGCUUUUUCCUUCCUAAGUAACCUGUCACUUUACUGAUUAUAUACAGACUUAGCAAUGUGGCCUUGGAAUGCUACGCAAAACAUGGAUGUACCGGUUGUAAAUGUUUAUAUAUUGUACAGUACCUUUAUAUAUACACUUGAGGUUCUGAUUAGAGAAAGAGAUCUGUAAAUCGCUCGUUAUUUUUUAUAUAGAUAUUAAAAAAAAAAAAACCAACAGUUUCCGGUCUGUAUUUCUUUGUCGAUUUCUUAUCGCUCUCUGGUCGUGGAGUUAAUUCCUGUCGUGGUUCAGAGUCCUCCGAUCAGGAAGACCCUGAUAACGGUGACUUGCUGUGGGCAGCGCUCCCUUCCUCUGUAUGUAAAGUUUAACACGGAGUUGAGUUAAAUAGGUUCAUAUCUAUUUUAUGUCUUUCAUUGUAAAGAAAAUAGCUUUCCAUAAAUAAUUUGCUACCCCAUAAAAACCAUUCUUAAUUUGUUAGGGAGAGAAAAGGAUUGCUCUUAUCAGAAAAUCCAUUACUAGACACCUUCGGUGGACACAGUAGUAUAGGACCAGUGACUACCGGUUCAUGGAAUUGUAUUUCAUCAGAUUCUGAUAUUUCACAUUGUGGCCUAAGUAUUUUGGUUACUGUUUAUUGUAGGCUAUACUAUCCGUUAGAAUGAAGUGUUGUGGCUUGAUUUAAUGCUUGGUGUGGGUGAUGCCUAAAACUUAUUUCAAAACUAUGGUUAAUUUCGUAUUCUUGAGGGGAAAUUUAAAUCCCUACCUGCCAUUCUUAAACUCACACUGAAAAUAAGCCUGACCCAGAGUUGUCAAGCCCCCAGGAGACGCUCUCACUGCAAAGGCAGCAGGACGGUUCCGUUAUUUUGCUGGAUGUGCCUUCAACUGGUCAGAGCCACGGGAGUUCUUGGAUUGCGUUGUCUCGCUACAGUGAGUAGAGAUGCUGAUAUCUUCUACCUACAUCAAGAUUUUUAGACCAAGGAGCUUUUGAAAAGAGCCAAAUCUGAUUUCAGAAGUCUCGGAUACAGAAAAGCAUUUAAGCUUUUUACUUCCACAUGAGACUAUCUUGGUUAUCUCCUUUUUCAAUAGUAAGAUAAUCUCCCGUAGAAAUAAAAAGCCAGAUGCUUUUAAAUAGGUAAACAAAUUAAUUUUAUCCACGGGGUUUUGAGAAAGCCUGAAGUAUUCAAAUUAAACUGUGACAGUUUGACUAAUGACUCCACAAAGAUUUGUUCAAACUGCAGUCUAGUCCUGCGUGGCCCCUUGAACUAAGGAAACUAGUAAACAUGGGCUUCAGUCACAAAAUGUGACGACCUAGUAUGAGGAUGACAUCUGGGCAUCACUAUAUCAGCGUUGCA